AAAAUAAGGUACUAGCAACAACUGCAGCAACAACAACACCACAUCAGAAAACAGCAUCAUCUCAUUUAUCUCUUUGGCUUUGCUCUUUCAGCCAGCACCCACCCACACAAACCCAUUAUCGUUUGAUCUCACACCUUUGCUUUCUCUCUCUAGAAAGGUCAUACUUUCUCUCUCUAUAAAGGGCAUACAUACUUUCAUUUCUUUUCUUUCCUUCUGUCUUUCUUUGUCUCUCUGUCUAACACACGGAGAGGCUAAAAUUAAAAAACAAAAAAGAAAAGAAAAGAAACAAAUACCAAAAUACCAAAUAACAAAGAGAGAAGAAAACAUGGAAACUCCACGCACCCACCCAACUCUCUUUCUCUUUCAAGAAAACAAGGAAGAGUCCACUGCCCAACUCUCUCUCUCUACAAUGGCCCAGCUGGACCAAAAUUUAUGUCUAGAAGAAAAACACAAAAAGAAAGAAAGAAAGAGGAGAUAGUAGAUGUCUUCAAAUGUUGUCCUCCAACCAAACCCACCUCACAAGAAAAAAAAAAACAACAUUCUUUCACUCUCUUACACAAAAACACCAACAACAAAAAUGAAAAAGAUUUAUAACUUGAACAAUAUGCCAUGCCAGAAAUACCCUUCUGCAACCCCCCAAAAACAAAUCCCAUCUUCAUCACUGUCUCAAGACACCCUCAAAAAAGAAACAUAUAUUUAUUUUUUCACCGAGUUAUGUGGGCUUCUUUGGGUUUUCUUUCUUUGUCUUGGUCAGAGUUUUUCACAGAGAAAACAGGAAAGUGAGAACCUUCCCAUCUUCUCUCUCUUUCCUGUUUCUCUUAUCUGUCUCUCUCUUUACCCUCUUCUUUACUUUACUUCUUAUUUCUUUCUUUCACAUCUCUUUCUCUUUCUUCUUUCUCGUUUCACUAUUUUCUUUAUUUCCUCUCUUUAUUUCUCUCUUCUCUCCCUAUUUUUCUUAUUUCCAUAUUGGUCUUUAUUGUUUUUGCAAUCUGGAUAUUUGUGUUUCAUCUGAUUGGAUCUGAUCAUGAAGAGAAUGAAAGGGGCUGCUGCUGCUGCUGCUAUGGAGUCUUCUUCUCCUUCUAUAUAUGCAACUUUAUAUGAGGAUCCAAGGGCUAGGCUCAAACAUCAGACUCUUAUGCAGGACUUUGAGGAGUUGUAUAAGGAAACAGAAGAUCAGAAAAAGAAAUUGCAGAUGAUGAAACAUAAGAAAUUGACCCUAUUGGCUGAAGUCAGAUUUCUGAGGCAACGAUUCAAGUACCUGAUGCUAGACCAAUCUCACACUCCUGCUCCUGAGCCAAAAUAUGUACAAAAGCAGAAGUUAGUAAAUGGAAUUAGAAAUGUAAGGAAAGAAAAACAUUACAGUGGGAAUGAUGCUGCUUUGCAGCACCCAGCUGCAAGAUGUGAUUUAAACAGAAAGGGAAAGAUUUAUAGUGAGAGGGAACCUACUUUGCAAAGCGCUCCUCUGAAUUUUGAUAUAAACCAGAAGCAGAAGAUGUAUAUUCGGAAGGAGGCUGCACUGCGUAAUUCAGCAGCACUUCCAGACUUAAAUCAGAAGGAAAGGAUUUAUAGUGGAAAAGAAGCCACAGUUAGAAACAAUACUCCAGUUUUCGACUUAAACCAGAUCUCGAGAGAGGAGGAAGAACUACAAGCUAAUGGUGAGAUGAUGAGAAUGGAGGAACCGAAGAUAUGUUUGAUAAGAGGUGGAAGUGAUGAGCAACAUACUGAUAUGAAGUUAUCAGCAUGUAGAAGUGUUGGGAACGGAGCAAAUCGCUCAGGGAAGAGGAAGAUAUCAUGGCAGGAUCAGGUGGCUUUAAGGGUUUAGGUUUAUUUCUUAUUUCAAUUGCAAUUGGAGGUCAUAUUUUAGUGAGGUUGGAAUAGUUUCCCUUUGCCUUAUUUUGUUAUGGUUAACUCCUCAAUUUUUAUUUUUCUCUUUGUAAAGGAAAAAGAAUAGUUCCAUAUAUUAUUAAUCAUAGAUAAAAUGAAGGAGUUGCUAGAUUUGUGCUCA